AUGCUUCUUGAUGACUUCAUUGUGAUUGUUCCUGGGGUUGUUGCUGUGAGGUUUGGAGUCUCCACUGAUCUUGGAAGAAUUAGAGCUAUUUUGACGCGCAUGAGCCAAUUUAUUGGGUAUUUUUGCACUUUUUUGUUUAAUUUUUUUUGCAUUUAUGUUGUCUUUUUUGGAAAGGCAAGCAGAGCGUCAUCAAGAACAGAAAUCCUUCACACAGACUUCCUAACUCCACCAACACUCAGAGAGUCGAUUUCUGCGCUAGAGAAAUUAGCUGAUGUCAAAAUAGUAGCUCAGGGAGGAUACCCACAGGCUGAACGUUGUCGUAUUUCUAUUGGAAAUCCGGAAAUCCUUACUACCGACCCAGAUGUGGUUGCUGCUCUGAGCAUCUCUGGGAACUUUGGGUUUGAAAACUGUUCUCAUGGAGACUUCCUUGGCUCCAUAAUUGGAACAGGAAUUGCUAGAGAAAAGAUUGGUGAUAUAUUACUGCAGGGGAAACAGGGAGCUCAAGUAAUUGUUGUUCCUGAACUUGUAGAAUUCCUUACAUCAGCCUUGAAUAAGGUAGGUAAUGUUCCUGUGACUUGUCAACAAAUUCCUUUGCUUGAAUUAAAGUAUGAACCGCCAAG